CGUUAGGUUUGUUCAUGUGUUUAAAAUUCUCCAGCAGAUCCAGAGGACUCUCUCAGGAUGGUUCUUAUAGGGAAAACUGGAGCUGGGAGAAGUGCAGCAGGAAACACCAUCUUAAUGGAGAAGGUUUUUAAAUCCUCAUUUGGUGCUUUGUCAGUGACGACAGAGUGUCAGAGAGGAACAGGGAAGGUUCAGGGCCAAAAGCUGGAGGUCAUUGAUACUCCAGGUCUGUUUGACACCAGUCUGAGUAAUGAGGAGGUGAAGGUCAAAAUCUCUAAGAGCAUCAUAUACGCUUCUCCUGGACCUCAUGUGUUCCUGAUCAUCCUCAAGGUAGAGAGAUUCACCAAAGAAGAAGAAGAGACAGUGAAGAUCUUUCAGCAGCUGUUUGGAGAACAGGCUGCACGUUACACCAUGACCCUGUUCACCUAUGGAGACUAUCUGGAGGCAGACGGCAUCACCAUAGAAGACGUCAUUGAUCAUAAUAAGAAUCUCAGACCCUUCCUCCGUCAGUGCAAAGGAGGAUACCAUGUUUUUAACAACAGAAGUAAAGAUCCUGCUCAGGUCCAUGAGCUGCUGAAGAAGAUCAACACGAUGGUUGAGAGAAAUGGAGGAAGCUACUACUCCAUCGAGAUGUUCCAAGAGGCUGAGAAGGCUGUAGAAAGGAAGAUGAAUGAGCUCCUGAGGGAUGAACCACAGAGGGACGCAAGAUCUGAGGCAAAAGAAAGAGAUGGUCACUUACAAAAUCUUGGAGCAGGUGUUGGAUGUGUUAUUGUAGGGCCGAUUGGGGGGGCAAUUGGACCAAAACAAGACCUGGAUGAAUCGAAUGACUUGGAAGUCCUAAGACCUAAAGCAAAAGAACAUGUGGCAAGCUUUAAAAACGGUUCCUUAGUCCUUGUUGGAGCAAGUGUUGGAAGUGCUAUUGGAACAAGUGUUGGAAGUGCUAUUGGAACAAGUGUUGGAGGUGCUUUUGGAGCAGGUGUUGGAGCCGUUCUUGGAGCACCGAUUGGGGUGGCAGUUGGAGGAGCAGUGGGAUUUGUGGCUGAAAAAGUGAUAAAAAAAAAAAAGUGCGUCACAAAGUGAUAUUUAAUAUCAAGGACAUCAGCUCAUUGCAGCUAAAUGGACCAAAAAUAGAUACAAAUAAAAAAAUCUAAUCGUUAAAACAGUAUUUAAUCAAGUUUGUAAGGUCAGAGUGACCUUGAAGAAAUUGCCUCAUGGCGAAUUUGAGAUGUCCAGAAUGUGGACGUACCAACGGACGUACGGACAGAGGGACAACCCAAAAACCUGC